AAAGCGACCGACAAGGCAAAAGAGCGAGAGAACACUAAGAACUCAGGAGAGGAGACAGCAGACAAGUCAGGAGAGGAGACAGCAGACAAGUCAGGAGAGGAGACAGCCGACAAGUCAGGAGAGGAGACAGCCGACAAGUCAGGAGAGGAGACAGCCGACAAGUCAGGAGAGGAGACAGUCGACAAGUCAGGAGAGGAGACAGCAGACAAGUCAGGAGAGGAGACAGCAGACAAGUCAGGAGAGGAGACAGCAGACAAGUCAGGAGAGGAGACAGCAGACAAGUCAGGAGAGGAGCGGUGA